GCCGCACUCUCCCUGCUCGCGCUGGGAUAUUUUCCUGAAGCAGCUACCGUCCUUAUCUCCAUGAUAUUUCCAGCCGAGCUCCCUGAUUUUUGUCACAGCCGUCUUCCUCCCUUAUCCUCGCCGCCGCCCUGGUCUUCAAAAAAUCUGCCGCGCCGCUUCAGCUCUGGAUAAAAUCCCGCCGGUGCUGCCCAGCCGCUCCUUCCCCAGCGCAGACCGCUCCUUCUCCCUCCUCUACGCAGUGCCGCGUCCACCUCCAUCUUUGCCGGCUGGAGCUCCCUGGUGCUUGCUCCUCUGCAGUACGGAGCUCCUCCCUGAAGCUUCUAUCCCCUGCCAUGGCGCUUCGCUUCCCCUGCGGCAUUCUCCUUUCUCUAAUCUCCCUGCUCGCCGGCAGCAACAUCCAGCCGCGCAGCUCUUGACUCGCCGGCCGAGCUCUCUGCUCCUCCCUCUGUUCGCUCGCGUGAAGCCGCGCCUCUGCGCUCGCCCAGUCUUCGCGCGGCAGCUUUCCCCUGCCGGUGCCUAGCCCUGCGGCCCUCCUCUAUCCUCCCGAGCUUCUGCACAGCCAGCGCGCUCGAGCCCCUCUCAGCCAUGGUCGUUCCUCUGUGCUUGGGUUCAAGCUUCUGCGCGCCCUCCUCCCUCAGGGCGACGCUCCGGCUCCUGCUCGCUCUGCUCGCUUGGCUGACUCGCGCGCAUCCCUGGCUCGCCUGGUUCAUCGCGCGCACGCCCAGCGCCCUGGAUUCCCUGGCCGUCGCAGCCGAGGUCCUCCCCAUGGUGGCUUCCUCUGCCACGCCCAGCUCCCUCUGCUCCAUGCGCGCGAGCUCGCCGUCUCUGCUCGCUGCGCGCGCGCUCUGCAUCCAUGGCGGUCCCCAGCUCCCUCUGCCGGCCGUCGUCGAGCCCUCUGCACACGUACGCCGCGCCCAGCUCCAGCGCUUGUUCCCUGCUCCUAUGGCGGCCGAGCUCUCCGGUGCCGCGCGUUGAGCUCCCGGCCGUCGCUCAACUCGUCGGCGUGUGUCCUACUCCUUACGCGCCGUGUGCCGGAAAGUCCCUGCUUGCAAGCUAUCUGUUGGCCUCGCGCGAAGCUCUCUGUUCAUCGUCAUCGCUCGAUCGCUGCGUGUCGUGUGUCGCACAUCUUAGGUCCUCGUCGUUGGGUUUCGUGCGUGCUCGCGUUUACCGUCGAGUCGUCGAACCCGUCAUCCUCUGUUCAAACCCCACCUCACCAGCUCGCUUCAAACACCACCAGCUCGCUUCAAACACGAUCUCGUCGUCAAGCUUCGCUUUAGCCUUAGCUCGUCGGUCACGCUCGCCAGAUGUUCGAUCAAGGACUUCAGCUGAAGGCCGUCGUCGUUCAAGCAACUACCAAAUCGAGUUGUGAUGUGGCACUCUAAAUGUGGAGGGCUCCGGGAGUGCGCUAUCCACGCUGCUCGUCCACCAGCCGCCGCGAGGAAACUUCCGCGUCCUCCUACCCCGCGCUGGCGACUGCAUCUUCCGGGGCCGAGCCCUCGAUCCAGCGCGCUUCGCCGCCGGCAUCGAGGCAGGAGGGCGAGAAGCGGCCGUGCGGAGGCGGGUCUGUCGGCGUAGAGCUCGCACCCCUUCGAACCGAGGCCGCGCGACCCACCGCAACCCAAGAUCCAAGCCAGCUUCCCCCUGUUCGUCGCCGGAGAGUCGCCAUCGGCAAAAGGCUUCGUCGUCCACCGACUUCGUCGAAGGCAGCCGACAAAAGGAAGAGAAGCUCCUCGCCGCCGUCGUCUUCGUCUUCGAUUCGGUCCACCGAGCCAGAUCCGCAAAGAGCGAGGUACGAACUACACAAAUCCUUUUUUGUUUAGUACUGAAUCAUUACCGUAUUUUAUUGUUCGGAUUUGGGGGCAUGGAUUAGGGUUUGUGGGAUGUUUAGGGUUUACGAUCUGGAGCAUUCUAAAUAAUGCGCUUCAAUUUCAUGCAUCAAUGGCUUAUUGUUGUAUCCGGAUGCUUAAAUUUAGACCGGUUUUGGGGGAUC